AUGGAGUUGACCAAGCGAGUCAAAACCAAGCUUGGCGUCCAUGAGCCAUUUCGAUUUGCUUUUUUCGGGAUGCAUAUCCUCGAAAAGGGUGCCACGAUUGAUUCCAGCGUCAACCCUGAAAAGACUCCGGGCGUGUUUGCGACUCUGAUAAUCUGUUUGCCAUCAGCUCAUACUGGCGGGGAGGUUGUUGUAAGACACGAUGGCCAAUCAAAAACUUUGAAGACAUCGGAUGCGAACCAAUCCUAUGCGUGCUGGUGGUACUCGGACGUCGCGUAUGAUGUCCUUCCGGUCCAAUCAGGUUAUCGAUGUGUUCUGACCUACAAACUAGCCAUCAAGCCUGGUCAUGAUCAGACCCCACCAUCAGCAAGUUUACUCGACUCGACAAAGAAGCACCUCAGAAAUACCUUUCAAACCUGGCUGAAAGACUUCACUAGCAACGACGACACCGAUGUGCCAAGUCAUCUUUACCAUAUCCUUCAUCACAUAUAUACUCAAGAUACCAUGUCACUCGAAAAACUCAAGACUGUAGAUUCCACGCGAAUAGAUGUAUUGCGAGAUUGUGCGCGCGAGCUCCCGUUUGAUUUUUUUUUUGCCUUACUGGAGAAAAAAGAGGAGGGUACGGUGCGGCAAAACCGCUACGAAAACCGCUACGAGCAUGGAUAUAAUGACUACGAUACCGAUUCUGACUCCUGUGCUAGCUACCAUAGCAUUGACUCAGUGGAUCAUACCAGAUUUCUUGUGAAGUCACUCCGUGGACUUGAUGGCACCAUCCUCGCCAGCAACUUCCACUUUAACCCGCGGUUUUGCUCAGUAACAGACCCUUUCAGAGAUCCAAAAACCAUCGACGAAGAUUUCGAAUACGAGGGACAUGGUGACGGUUACGUCACCCACCGAUAUCGUGGUUGGGCAGUGGUGAUCGUUCCGCACCAGAAAAUUGGCGAAUAUUUAGCUCGAGGCACAUUUGGAUCCUCCGACGAAGAUGAUACACCUGGAGAUAUAUACGUGGAUGAUAGAUCUGAAUUCACAGAAGACUAUGAUCCAAAUGAAUCCUUAGGCAACAUGUAUUUCCACUCCGCUCUGCGAUAUCUUGGACAAAUUCGCUCGGGCCCCUCAGCUCGAAAAUCCAUGCUGGAUGCGAUCUGCGUAUUGUAUGUCUCAAAGUCCAGCGAGAAAUUGACGAUGAUUGAGAUCCUCAAGAGUGCUCUUGAAUACUCCCACUACACGCUAUUCCAAACUGUUGGAGUUCGCCACCAAGGUCAUUUGCCAGUCGAGUUUUUUGAUUGGGCAAAGGGAUGGCUGGACCUACUUCCAGAUGCAGCGGACCGUACUGAAAAGUACCAGACAUGGGUAACGUUACUCAUCCAGGACUAUCCGUAUAUGACUGAUUGCAUCAACAUCAUUAGGAGGAUCUCAAAUCCUACUUUUGACGUAGCUGUGGCAGAUGGAUCACUUUCAAGCAUGGACAGCUGGGCAAAAGACACGACUCGUCGGUGUAUUCAGAGUUUCCCCGAAACCAACAGGAAGCCAACUUUAUCAGAUGCAGAGUGUAUUGUGACUGCUCUAUUUGAUCUCGAUGAACCAUGGCAAGAUAUAUCUGCCCUUCUUACAUCGAUUUUCGACCGCUUUCCACGCGCCGAUGCUACCGCAUUUCUGCUUGAGGUCCUCUUUCAGCUCAAGUUUCAAGCAGAAGCGAGGCAUCUCCCGACUUCUGACACGAUGAAGCUCUACAGAAGCCUUAGCUUGCGUCUUUUCAACCGCCACAGGAGGUUCUCUGACAUCAUUACCGCAGCAAAAGCCAGGUUGGAAUCUCAACCCGGGCCUCGGGUCUUUUUGCAGUCUGGAGCUUUAUUCGGCCGCAAGCUCAACAAGAUUGUCCAGGGGUCAUCUGGAACCGGGCUGGUGGUCACUCCACAGGCCUUAGUUAAAUUUGCCUGCGAUCUCAACCAUAUCGCCACCGAUACAACGAGCCCACUCAAACAGUUCGUCCUAGAGAUUACCGCACAAUGCGUUACAUUCUCUGCGGAAGACAUAAAAGGCCUGUGGAUGCCGUUUCUCUGUCAACUGAUCCAGGAUCUGGCUUCUCGAUCAGUCUCGCUCAACACCCCGCACUAUCAGCAGCUCACACACCAACUCAUAAAGCAGGCAGAUGACAAAGUCAUUGGGCUGUGCCCUCAAGCAGGCGUCAACUCUCUAAUCCCUCGCGUAGAUUGUACAUGCAAAGACUGCGAGGACCUCAACCGAUUCCUUCACAACGGCCACCAGCGUGUUGGUCACUUCUCGAUUCCAGAAGCUAGGCGUGAGCACCUGAAGAGACAACUCGAUCAGGCACGCAUUGCCGUCACCCAGAAAACUAUAAUGAGUGGAAGAUCUUGUACGUUGGCCGUGACCAAAACUCGCACUCUAGAGGACGAGGUUAACGAGUGGAAAACACGCCAAAAUGAGCUGUAUGGAUUCCUCACUCAGCAGAUCUCCCAAGAGCAGCUGCAAAGCCUGCUUGGUGCCCAAGAAGCUACCCGCGUCCGAUCCUUAGCCAAGCCAAGGCAACCUGCUAUCGUGUCUUGUCUUCGAAAAUAA